GCAACACGCGUCUGUCGAUAGUGGUCCGGCAAACGGCGAACACAUUAUACCGGCGUACCGACGUACCGACGACGGACACAAGACUAUUCGCAAGUGAGUAACGAUAUUCUUAUAAAUCUGAUUGGUAGGACGCGUAUAUAAUAUCUACAGCCCCCAUCGGCUAUCCCGAGUCCGACGUAACCGCGUUAGUUCCGGGGGUUCAGCAAUAAACGCAUAGCCCGUACCUGUUGGUCCGAACCCGACACUGCAACGAGGGAGUUGUUAGUCAUAUUGUAUACCUAAAACGUAGUCGACGAAAAGCCACCGUGGGUUAAGAUAAAGCAGAGGGAAAACGGGAAAAGUUAACCUAUCCAUCGGCUCAAAUCCGACAAUGAUCCGUGGAAGUUAAUGUCGUACGCCUAAACUCCGUGUCCGUGUCCGUGUCGAUGAGAUACCGCGACGGGUUUUAUGUAUUUUCACAUACAAAAGUGUCUAUAAAUAUACGGGAACGGGGAUUAUUAAUAUAAUAAUAAUAGUUAAUUAUAUUACAUGUAUGUUAAUUUAAUUAUUCACUAUCCAUUAAUUUGAUAGAACACUCAUAUUUGCUUUAUCUAGUUGUGACCAAUUUUGAGAUAUAAACAUUUAAAUGUUGCAACUUUGAUAUAUAAAUGGUAGAUACUCUGUGGUUAAAAUUGUUAGGUUAAACAGAAGUACUUGGAAAUUAUUCUUAAACUAUUACGUUCACUGUAAGUUGUACUUAGAUGAAUGUAAUCUUGUUUUUUUUUUUUUUUUUUUAUAAGAAUUUUAAAAUCAAAUUUUGACAAAAAUCGUAUAUAUUACGGCCUUUUAAAACAUGCAUAACCAAACUUCGCUCCGAAUUGUUUUUCAUUAGCAAUGGUUUAUCGUUGCUUACAGGUAUAAUAAUAGCGCACCCAUGCCCAGUAACAGGACAUUAUUUUUUAACUUUAGUUUUAAAACAAAUUUAAAAUAGAGGAAUCAUAGCGCAAGUCACUAAUCAUUAUUACAGGAGAAAAAAAACGGACAUACUUCACAUUUGCCUUUCUAGACAUGGUAAAAUUUUCAAAAUAUUUGAAUCAUUUUUAAGCCUUUUAUACAAAUUUUUAUAUUUUUGUUGAAAUUCAGUUAAAAGUUUCGUUAAAAUUUACGAAAAACGGAAAAUAUACGAAAUGCAGAUAUUAGUAAAAAAAUAUUACGGCCCUUUUUUUUUACUGUGAACAACUUUUCUUCCAGCAAUUUUGCCCAAUUUACAAAGAUAGCACUCUUUCUGAAAGGAAAUCUGACCGGGCUAGGUACUUUAGGGAGAUGAUUUUUUGAUUUUCCCGAAAAAUAGGAAAACCAUGGAAAAAAACGGGAAAAUAAAUACAAUACUAAACAAAUAUUAUUAAAGAAAAUAUAUAAUGCAUAUUAUAUUAUUAUUUUACCAUAAUGUGACAUAUAUAUUGUUGAUAAAGCAUUCUCUCAGAACCGUUUUUCGUUAGCAAUGGUUAAUCGUUGCGUACAAAUAAAUAUACAUUCAAUUUCCUCUUUAUCUUCCAAACUUUUCACCUACAACAGUAGCCUACGUGGGAAGUAUGACCGUCCUUUUCCUAAUACUUAUACCUUGUACCUAAUAUAUGGUAUGUAGACAUCGUACACACAUAUAUAUUCUGAUCAGUGGCGUGGCGUGCGAUAUUCGAUUUGCAAUAAAUCCAGUUAUCUAUAAAUUAGCCUACCCCCUCCCCCAAUAAAAAUUAUUUUAAUCACCCGUGGUGGUACAUGCUAAUUUUUUCGAUUCAGGUAUACCUUUUUUAUUUCAAUUUUUUUUUUAAAAUUUUAAAGUUAAAAUGGAUGUCGAUUAUACAUGGGAAACAGCGACGAACAACGCCGUAUCGAUUCAAAAACUGGAAGAACAUUUUCGGAAAAAUUUCUCACCAUAUCAACCGGAAUACUAUAUCAAAGUGCCGGGUAGAGUGAACUUGAUCGGAGAACACGUUGACUAUUGCGGUUAUUCCGUAUUCUCGAUGGCCAUUGAACAAUGUAUCGUGGUGGCGGCCAAGAGAAUAAAUGACCAACCAACUGUUCAGCUCACUAACUUGAGUUCGGAAAGAUACGAAAAUGUUUCUAAAAACAUAUUGGAUAUAAGGUAAACCAAACGUAAUAAGAUUUUUAUUAAUUUAAAAAUAAUAAAUUAUCAGGCGCAAUCUAACAAUAAAUAUUGCAGUGUGGAUUCGUUGAGCAAGAGUCCGCAUUGGUCAAAUAAUUUUUUGUGCGGUGUAAAAGGAGCCCGAGAACAUCUAAUUGAAAACGAACUGAUACCAGGGAAAAAUGUUGGAUUUCUGUUUGCGGUCACCGGUAAUAUUCCGGAGAAUUCAGGAUUAAGCAGUUCGAGUGCUUUGGUAACAGCUGCUGUGAUGGCAACCUUGGUCGGAUAUGGAGUGUGUAUAUUUUUUUUUGUUUGUCAUAGCGUUUAAUGUAAAGAAUGAAAAAAAUUAUAAAACAAUAACAAUAUGUCAAUAUCAAAAUAAUAAUAUGUAGUAACGACGGAAAAUGAGUAAAAUAUACUACAAUAAAUAAUAACCAAAUUCGUCAUGAAAUAGCGGUAUGAAUAAGUAAAUUGUUAACGAUAACUUUUUUUAGGUUCGCAUCAGCCAAUUAAAGUUAGCCGAAGUCAGUGCCAAGUGCAAAAGAUAUAUCGGAACAGCCAGCAGUGGAGUGGAUCAAGCGAUAGCAGUGAAUGCCAAAGAAGGUUAGACCAAAAGCUACUAUACAAAAUACUUACGCAUGCAUGUAAGAUAUAUACAAACAUGUAUACGUUUUACUAGUGAUUUCAUGAAAAUUUGUUUUGGGGAAAAUUUCAAAAAGUUGAAAAUUAUGAAAAUUGUAUAAUUUCUUUAAUUAAUUUCUUAUUAAAUAAAUCCUUUGAUAUUAUAUCUCUUAUAUACUGGUCUAAAUAUUUUGGCGGAAAGGUUUUUUUCAUAAAAUAUUAAAUAAAAUAAUGAUUUUAAGAAAUAUAAUAUAAUAAAAUAUAGUUUUUCAUUAUGAGUUUUUUAAGAAGAAUAGCACAUAAUUUAAGUAUGAUGAAUUAAGUAUUUUAAUUUUUAAUAUUAUAUCUAUAGAUUAACCUAUUUAUAUUAUUACAUUUUUAUCAUUUUUAUUACAUAUUUUAUAAUUUAUCAGUAUAUGAAUAUUUACAUUUUUAUUUUAUAUGAUAUUACUACUAUAAAAUGACAAUGAAUAUAAUAUGUUUAAAUAAAAAAUUGCCCUAUGUCAAAAUGUCCAAGACCACCUUAUGUAGUUAUACAUAGUAUAUUAAACCUUCAUAAUUAUAUUUAAAACCAUGUACUUGUAUUACCAUUUACUCAUUUCAAUAUUAUUUUGGUAUUAUUCUAUUGACCAUAAUAUAGGAAAUCUAAAAUACAAAUAAAUUGAUCUCAGUAAUAAAUGCAUAUCUAUUAUCAUUAAAAAUUUUUUAUUUCAGUAUAAAUGUUGAGUCAUUGAGUGUGUAAACAUUUUCUUACAAUUAUUGAUUUUUCAAUAUUUUGUUGUAAUUUAUUGUUUGUCAUUUCCACAAUUUUACACUAACUACUUUUUAUGAGUAGUUAUCACUUAUUACUAUUAGUAUCUAUAGUACUAUAGUAUUAUUACUUAUCAUUUAUUAGUUAUUACUUUUUACUAAUUGCUUUGUAUCUAGUUUAAACAUAAGACCACAAGUCACAACUAUUUAUACAUUUUAAUUGAUAAAUAUGUUUUAUUGUAAACAUGUAGCCAUGUAGAAACACCUAUACAGGGUAAUUCACUAAAUGUACUUAUCCAAUUUUUUUGGUUAAAUUUCACAUACAUUCAAGUUUUGAUUUUUAGAAUUUUUUAAUGUAGUUAAAGCCAAUAUUUUCGAAGACUUGGAUUUUCACAACAUUUAAAGAGUAUCCUGAAGCUUUAUUAAAUAUAUUUUGUUGUUAACAUUUUUGAUUUCCGCAAACCUGUUAAAGAGAUAUUCCAAUUUAAGUUAAGGCAGUGGAAAAGUAGCAAAGCACUAAUAAAACGCUGCGCGCUGAGCCACCACAAAAAUGAUACUCCAUUACUUAAACACCAACAUUUAAUUUUAGUAUUCGAAAAUAUCGGCUUUAACUACAAACAAAAAUUCCAAAAAACAGAAUUUGAAUAUUUGCAACAUUUAAUGAUAAUAUAAUAUAAUGAUAAUAGUCAUAAAUUCAUAACAGUAUCUACAUAAUCAUUGUUAAUGUGUACUUAUUAUCAUUUGUAUUAGAUUUAAGCAUUGAUAACCAAUAAUAUAUUUAGCUAUAAUGUAUCGAUACCAACUAAACAACCUCAUAUUAUGUUAUGAAAAUGUCAUGUAAUUAUGUUGUGAAAAUUAAAUUAAAACUAAAAUUUUCAGAAAAUUUUAAUGAAAAAAAAAGUGUUCUAGCCCACACAUUCUCUAAGUUUUACAAUAAAAACUAAAGUACAACAGUAGUUUUCCCAUAGAACUUAUGACUAUUAGCGAAUAUGUAUUGUUAAAUUCCAAGUACAAUUUAACUUUCUUUUAGGUUAUGCUUCUCGUAUUGAUUUCAACCCGAUGAUGAUUAAACAGUACCAUCUACCGAGUGACGUAAAGUUUAUCGUUGCACAAAGUCUAGUUGUCAAAAAUAAAACGGCAUCAAAUGAUUUCCACACUAGAGUAGUUGAAUGCAAACUCGCUUCUCAGGUAUAUAUGAUUUUUGGUGACUUAGUUUUGAGUAUUUGAAUAUUUAUCUUAUUGAUUUAUUUACAUAUCAUAGAUAAUCGCCAAACGAUUGAAUCUCACAUGGAAACAUAUGACGGUAUUGGCAACACUUCAAAAAAAUUUGGGCAAUACUUUAGAUCAAAUGAUCGAAUUGGUCCACCAGAAUUUACAUGUCGAUGGGUAUUCCAAAAAAGAAGUUUGUAAUAAUAUUUUAUGUGUUUGUAAAAUAAACAAUUACAAAUAAUAAUAAUAAUAAUAAUACUUUUAGAUAUGUGAAAUUUUAAAUGUGUCCGAAAACGAGCUCGACGAGCUGAGUUUAACGCCCAAUACGAUUCACGUUACUGAAUUUUUCUUACAUCAAAGGGCUCUACACGUAUUUGAAGGUCGACUUUACAAAAAUGAUUUCUCUUUCAUUUAAUUUUAAAACUCUCUUCUUGCAAUAUUUGUUACCUAUUAGUUCUUAUUACAGCCAUAUUUAUUGUAAUAGUAUGAUGUAUUUGAUCCUAUUUCAAUAUUGUCGUUACAGAAGCUAAAAGGAUGGAAAUGUUUUGCGACCUUUGUGAAAAUUCCGGUACGACAUCGGACCUUGGGCAGCUGAUGAACGAAAGUCACUCGUCUCUGCGUGACCUAUACCAAUGCAGUCACCCGGAUCUGGAGGAGUUAGUAGAUGUCUGCAAACGAGGACAUGCUUUCGGUUGUAAACUAACGGGAGGCGGGUAAGAGAAUUUAUAAUAUUACAAAUCAAAAUGUUUCACAAAUAUUAAAUAAUGUGUGUGUCUAUAUUUAUGUAUACUUAUCACAGUUGGGGAGGAUGCGUGGUGGCCAUGGUUCCAUCGGCCAGUGCUGACGAAUUCGUGGAGUUUGUCAAAGACCAGUUUUACUCGAAGAGAAAUUUUGACGAAAAAUGUAUUUUUGCCACAAAUCCAUCAGAAGGCGCUUGCGCGUAUUUGCCCUCUGAAGCCCAAGAUGGAACACCAGAAUUUUCGAAGCUCGUUCAUUUAUAAAUAUUUUAAAGUAGUUUUUCAGUUAAACUGUAAAAUCGGUAUUAAAUUUUAUCAUAUUAAUAUGGUAUAUUGCAUUUCUGAU